CACUGCUUCUCUUCUCCUUUCACCAUUAAUAGUAACAGAAUUUGGUUUUGCAGAACAAAUACUCUUUUUUCCACACAUCUGUAUUUAAGUACCUUCUUCACUGUACGCAUUCCAUUUCUACCAUCAAUGGAGCGUAAUUUCUUCACAAAUCUGCCAAUUGAAAUCACCACCGAAAUCCUCUCACGCCUCCCUCUCCGAAGCAUUGCAUUGAGCAAGUGCGUUUGCAAACCAUGGAUCAAUCUGCUCGAUUCCGACGAUUUCCAACUCAAAAGCCCACCCGCCCUAGCUCUCUUGCAGCAGAUGAACUCAACUCGGUGCUCAAUUUUCGAAUUUGAAGACGAAGACGAAGCCGAUGAGGAGAAGAGCCAUGAUCUUCACUACAUUCCGCUCACACAUUUCGAUAUCCCUAACGAAAACAUAGAUCCACUGGCAGUAUAUCGAGCUCUGGGACCUGAGGGAUACAUCUAUGAUGAUGAUGUGGAUGAUGGUGGUGCGGUGUUUAGCAUUGGAUUUGGAAUGCGCAAAAUAAGUGGGCAAUAUAAGGUGGUCUGUAUCAAUGUAGACGUGGGUUCCUGACUCUUGUCGUCAUUUAUACACCCUUGGAACAGGAGCAUGGAGGCUUGUUGAA